AUGAAAUAUCACUACAGCAUUUUCAAUGGUUCCUUUGAGUUCACACCUGCAGUUUUCACUCUUGUUGGCAUCCCAGGACUGGAGACAGAGUAUACCUGGAUAUCUGUCCCCUUCUGCCUGAUGUACAUUGUAAUCUUCCUGGGAAAUGGCAUUAUAAUUUAUGUUAUUCGUAAUGACUCUGCUUUGCACCAGCCCAUGUACUUUUUUCUGGCCAUGUUGGCCUUUGUUGAAAUUGGUGUUUCUACAUCUUCCAUUCCCACCGUGCUAGGAAUCUUUCUUUUUCACAUUAAUGAAAUCAGUUUUGGUGGUUGUCUACUUCAGAUGUUUUCCAUGCACUCUUUUACACUCAUGGAAUCAGGUGUUCUUCUGGCUAUGUCUAUAGACCGCUUUGUAGCCAUCUACAACCCUCUACGCUACACAACCAUCCUGAGAAUUUCUCGCAUCAUUGGUAUGUGCAUCUCCAUUGCUGUGAGGAGUGUGACACUUAUGUUCCCAAUGGUCAUUCUUCUAAAACGUCUGCCCUUUUGUGGCCACAACAACCUCAGACACUCUUACUGCCUCCAUUCAGAUCUGAUCAAGUUGCCCUGUGGAGAUACCCGACCUAACAGCAUUCUGGGUUUAUUUGUCAUUAUGUUCACAUUUGGAUUGGACAUAUUACUCAUUGUAGUUUCUUAUGUGAUGAUUCUUCGCACAGUAAUGAAAAUAGCUUCUGGGGCAGGACGAUGGAAGACACUCAACACAUGUGUAUCACACAUCUUUGCUGUGCUUGUAUACUAUGUGCCUCUUAUCAGUCUUUCCUUGGUGCAUCGCUUUGGGAGAAAUUCACCUCGGCUUCUACAGAUUUUGAUGGCUAAUGUCUAUCUCUUUUUCCCACCUGUGGUCAAUCCCAUUGUCUAUAGCAUAAAAACCAAGGAAAUUCGCAAUAGCAUUGUUCGAAUAAUGUGUCGAAAGAAAAUGAUGUCCAAUGAAGUGAGAUGA